UAUGGUCUACUACCUAUUUUUGUAUGGGUUCCUGAGCUAAGAAUGGGUUUUCAGUGGUUGAAAAAAAUCAAAAGAGGAACAUUUUGUGACAUGUAAAAAUUAUGUGAGAUUCAAAUUUCAAUAUCCAUGAAGUUUUGUUGGAACCCAACCAUGCCGGUUUGUUUAUGUGUCAUCUAUAGCUGCUUUGUGUAGCAAUAGCAGAGGUGAGCAGUUGCAGUUGAGACCAAAUGGCCUGCAAAACCUAAAAUACUUACUAUCAGGCUCUUUACAGAAAUGCUUGCCCACCCCUGCACCAGAUACUACCAUUCAGUACUUUACAUUUUCCUAGAGUUUCUUGACAGAAAAUAUGAGGCCAUAACUUUGAUUUAGGUUUUACUCUCCGAGCUUUUCUUUGCAGAAUGAUUAUUUCUGUUCUUAAGUUUAUCACGUUAAGGCUAUGAAUCAUUAAUUCAGCACGUUCUUGGGCACUCCUGUCUUAAUUAUGAAGAACAACUUUACGCUGUCAGAAUACUUUUACCUGCAAUUGUAUCUUUUGCCAUGUGUACUGUUACUGGGAGGGGAUGGCUUUUCCUUUCAUGGAAUCUUGGAGUCAGAGGGGACGUCAGGGUCAUCUAGUUGUGCUUGCUGGCACAGGGGGAGAAAUGGAAGCCCCAAGAAGUGACAUAUGUGACCCACUGCCAAGGGGCCAUGUCAACAUAGAAUCAGAGCUGAGACAUGUUUCUUGGCCUGAUUCUACUUCUGUUUCUGCCUUACCGCCCCCACAUCCCCUAGACCGGCUGUCAAGGCCAGCUCGUGUGUUGACAGGAAGGCCUUGCAGCCACAGGCCCACCCUGAAGGGCUUGGAUCUGUAGAGUCCUCCUCCAUACGAUUGGCUUGUCUUUGCCUCUUCUCAGGAGAAGUCCUUGAGAGGCUUUGCUAAAUAAUCAUCAAAUCAAAGGAUGAAAAUAUUGCUGCAGUUGGAGUCAUUUCAUCACUUCUUUGAACUCUGGCAAAAUACUCUGUGGGGCACAGAACAGUGUCUAUAAUCAAAAGAAAUGGAGCUCAUGGAAUGGGUACUGUGUGCCCAGAAAACAGAAGAAAUGAGAUUCAGGAACUUACCACUAGUUGCCCUAAUUGUUUUACUCUUUUGAUUCUUCAGUUAUUUUUCCUCUAGUCCUGGGUCACCCUUUAACUUCCAGGUGUGAUAUAAUAUAUGAGGUCCUGCCAGAACUCUAAGGGGAAAAAUUAAAUUAGAAAGAACUGGGAUGGCUAUUUUCAAAUGUUAUAAAAGGAACAAAAUGUGAAACAAAGUAUUUACAAUCUGAAAAUUACCUCUGUUUAACCCUAGAAGAAAUAAGACUUUUAACUUUCUUGUUGUUUUUUAGUAUCUAAUAUAAUCUCCUACAGCCAUAAUUUGAAUCAUCUAAGAAAUGUGAAUGUGUGGUUACCACUGGGAGGUUAGUUAAUAUCUUAACUUAAAAUGAAAAUCUCUAAGUUUGAUGUCACCUGCUUGAUAAACAAAUAUUACCCAUGGACCCUUUCCUCCGACCUCCCAUUUUUCCAUUUGUUGGUUCUAAACCUGUACCUUUCCCUUUGAUUCUCUGGUUUCUUUCCAUCACCUUUGCUUUCCUUUUUGCUACCCUUUGAAUUUUGUAGGUCGACUUGGUUUUCUAAGUAUACUCACAAUUCCUGCCUUCUAUAAUUUACCCCCCAUUUAACUAUAAAUCAUCCAUUAAAAAAAUCCUCUGGUAAGUUUGAAAUUGUAAAUUCAUCCACUUGUUACUAUUUAUUCUGCUGCCCUACUAUGUAAAACUACCCAAGACUCAUCCUUCUGAGGUGUCUUAAACUCAGUUCACAGGAUAUAACUCCUUUGUAUCUAAACUCAGCUUUAUAUCCUCAGUCACCUCAUAUCAUACCUAUGUUUUGAAGGCAACCUCUAGCAUAUCAAGCUUGGAGUUAAUAUUAUUGCUCUGGAUUUAGAAGUUUGGGGCUAUUAGUUAAGAACCGUCAAAGCUGGUAAUAGGAAGACAAACAUACUAUAUAGAGACAGGCCUUUUGUGUAGGAGAGAAGAGUACUUAGACCAGGUUGCAAGAGACGUGGUUUCUUACUAACCCUUACCAGAUGUCUUCUUCUCCUCUAGUUUUGUGUCCUUGUACGAACAAGGAACUAAACUAGAUGGUCUAAAUUUCCAAAUGUAUGAGUGGGACUGAGAAAAGGGAACUGGGAAGAUCAUGUAGCAUGGGGCAUUAUAAAAAAGGUAGAAAGAUACUAAAUGAAAGGUCAUAGAGGGAGAAGAUAAGGCCUAAAUCUGGUGUAUUUGGGGUUUCAUCACAACAUAGAGAUUCUUUAACAGAUUGGAUAAGAAGUUUGAGUUAAACAAGCUCUCAAAAUAGUACAGUUUGACUUCCAUUUCACAGUAAAGGGAAUCCCCUGCAUGUGCCCUCUGCUCCAUUCCUUUCUUUGCUGCUGUUGACACUGUAAGAAGCUCACCAGAGCACGUGCAUUGCAGGGCUUCCUUAGACGACUUUCUUCUCCAGCUCAGGGCUAAUGAUAAAUGUCCUUGUGAGCAUGCUAUGAGAGAGCAGAUUUUAUUUUGGAAAAAAACAGAAGCGUUUUUCUUGACCUUUCUGCACGUGGGUGAAACAGACCUUUGAGGAAGCUGAUAAGAAUGGUGACGGCUUAUUGAAUAUUGAAGAGAUACACCAAUUGAUGCAUAAACUAAACGUCAAUCUGCCUCGGAGAAAAGUCAGACAAAUGUUUCAGGAAGCUGAUACAGAUGAGAAUCAGGGAACUUUGACAUUUGAAGAGUUCUGUGUUUUUUACAAAAUGAUGUCAUUGAGACGGGACCUUUAUUUGUUGCUCUUGAGCUACAGUGACAAGAAAGAUCACCUAACUGUGGAAGAACUGGCCCAGUUUUUGAAGGUGGAACAAAAGAUGACUAAUGUGACAACAGACUAUUGUCUUGACAUCAUAAGGAAAUUUGAAGUUUCAGAAGAAAAUAAGGUGAAAAAUGUUCUUGGCAUAGAAGGCUUCACAAACUUCAUGAGGAGUCCUGCUUGUGACGUAUUUAACCCACUGCACCAUGAAGUGUCCCAGGACAUGGAUCAGCCCCUGUGCAACUACUACAUCGCUUCCUCUCACAACACAUACCUGACUGGGGACCAGCUCCUCUCUCAGUCCAAAGUGGACAUGUAUGCCCGGGUGCUACAGGAGGGCUGUCGCUGCGUGGAAGUUGACUGCUGGGAUGGCCCAGAUGGAGAGCCAGUGGUACACCAUGGCUAUACUCUCACUUCAAAAAUCCUCUUCAGAGAUGUUGUGGAGACCAUCAACAAGCAUGCCUUUGUGAAGAAUGAGUUCCCGGUCAUUCUGUCUAUCGAGAAUCACUGCAGCAUCCAGCAGCAAAGGAAGAUAGCUCAGUACCUGAAAGGAAUAUUCCGAGACAAGCUGGACCUGUCAUCUGCAGACACAGGAGAGACCAAGCAGCUGCCAAGCCCUCAAAGUCUGAAAGGCAAAAUCCUAGUGAAGGGCAAGAAGUUGCCAUAUCAUCUUGGGGAUGAUGCAGAGGAAGGGGAAGUCUCUGAUGAAGAUAGUGCAGAUGAAAUUGAAGAUGAGUGCAAGUUCAAGCAACACUAUAAUAAUGGGACUACUGAGCACCAGGUGGAAUCUUUCAUAAGGAAAAAACUGGAGUCACUGUUAAAAGAAUCUCAAAUUCGAGACAAAGAAGAUCCUGAUAGUUUCACAGUGCGGGCGCUACUGAAGGCCACACAUGAAGGCUUAAAUGCACACCUGAAGCAGCAUCCAGAUGUGAAAGAAAGUGGAAAGAAAUCACAUGGACGGUCUCUCAUGACCAACUUUGGAAAACAUAAGCAGAAAACCACAAAAUCACGGUGUAAGUCUCAUAGUACUGAUGACGAGGAGGAUGCACAGCAGAAUCCAGGCAAGGAGACUGGCCAGCUGUACAGGCUGGGUCGCCGAAGGAAAACCAUGAAGCUCUGCCGAGAGCUCUCUGAUUUGGUCGUGUAUACAAACUCCGUGGCAGCCCAGGACAUUGUGGAUGAUGGAACCACAGGAAAUGUGUUAUCAUUCAGUGAAACGAGAGCACAUCAGGUGGUUCAGCAGAAAUCAGAGCAGUUCAUGAUUUACAACCAAAAGCAGCUCACGAGGAUUUACCCCUCCGCCUACCGCAUUGAUUCCAGUAACUUCAAUCCCCUGCCCUACUGGAACGCUGGUUGCCAGCUAGUGGCACUGAACUACCAGUCUGAAGGACGAAUGAUGCAGUUAAAUCGAGCCAAAUUCAAGACAAAUGGCAACUGUGGCUAUGUCCUUAAACCCCAGCAAAUGUGCAAAGGUACUUUCAACCCUUUCUCUGGUGAUCCACUUCCUGCAAACCCCAAAAAGCAGCUCAUCCUGAAAGUGAUCAGUGGACAGCAGCUCCCCAAACCUCCAGACUCCAUGUUUGGAGACCGAGGCGAGAUUAUUGAUCCUUUUGUUGAAGUUGAAAUUAUUGGAUUACCAGUGGAUUGUUGUAAAGAUCAAACCCGUGUAGUAGAUGACAAUGGAUUUAACCCUGUGUGGGAAGAAACCCUGACAUUUACAGUGCACAUGCCAGAAAUAGCUUUAGUUCGGUUCCUUGUGUGGGACCAUGAUCCUAUUGGACGAGAUUUUGUUGGGCAAAGAACUGUGACCUUCAGCAGCUUAGUGCCUGGCUACCGGCAUGUCUAUUUGGAAGGACUGACAGAAGCAUCCAUAUUUGUCCACAUAACAAUCAAUGAAAUCUAUGGAAAGAACAGACAGCUCCAAGGUCUGAAGGGAUUGUUCAACAAGAAUCCCAGGUGUGGUUCUUCAGAAAACAAUUCCCAUUAUGUUCGGAAACGAUCCAUUGGAGAUAGAAUUCUGCGACGCACAGCCAGUGCUCCUGCCAAAGGCAGAAAAAAGAGCAAAAUGGGCUUCCAGGAUAUGAUAGAGAUAAAGGAUUCUGUGUCUGAGGCUGCAAGAGAUCCAGAUGGCGUCCUGCGGAGGACCACACGGAGCUUGCAAGCGCGCCCUGUCUCUAUGCCUGUGGACAGAAGUCUUCUGGGGGCUCUGUCACUGCCUGUUUCUGAAAUUGCCAAAGACACUGAUGGAAAAGAAAACUCUCUAGCAGAAGAUAAGGAUGGCAGAAGAAAAGGGAAGGCAAGUAUAAAAGACCAACAUUUUCCAUAUUUCAACAAAAAGUUAUCCUCUUCCUCUAGUGCUCUCCUCCACAAAGAUACCAGCCAAGGGGACUCUGCUGUUUCUUUUGUCAGCGUGUCAAUCACAAGAGAACAACUGGGAGUGCCAGGUCCUAAUGGGGGGAGAGUCAAACCAAAUGUGUCAAGUUGCCAUGAACACCAGUGCCCCAACAAAUCCCUGUCUCCGAGGCAGCAUUCAGCUCUUGAUCGUGCAGUUAACCUAACCAAGGAAAAUGGGAAUGCUGGGGGCUUUGUGAUAGGGAAAAGCACCUUGACAGGAAGCAUCCUUUCUCAAAGCAAUAUGGAGAUUAAGAACCUGGAAGGCAAUUGGGGUAAGGGCAGAGCUUCAACAUCCUUUUCUUUGUCAGAUGUCUCUACACUCUGUUCUGACAUACCUGACUUGCACUCUACUGCCAUUCUGCAGGAGAGUCAGAUUUCCCAACUUAUUGACAAUGUCACUUUAACAAAUGAGAAUGAGCCAGGCAGUUCCAUCUCAGCACUGAUUGGCCAGUUUGAUGAGGCCAGUGAUCAGGCUGACCUCACAGUUGUUUCUCAUCUUCAUGGCACCAGUGUGAUGCCAGGCCAUCCUCCCUUGCCCACACUGAACCCAGAAAUGCCUUUCAAGCCUGGCUUUCCCAAGGAAAAACCCAAGUCAUCCCUCCUGUGCUCAUCUCCUGAGCUGACUGCAUUCUCGAGCCCUGAGACCACCAAACGCUCAUCACACACAGUUGUUUGUGCAACUGCUUGCACUCCUGUCUCUAAAACCAAACCCGAUGACAACCUUUCUGGUAAGGCCAAGACCAGGGCCAUGGAAAGCAACCAGCCUCAUUUCUCUAAUACUUCUCAUUGCUGGUUACCACAAAGUCUCAUGAAUGGAAAAGAAUGGGCAACAGUGAAGAAUCAAAGCCCUGCCAUGUCCACUGACUUGACACUGGAAGGUAUAAUCGCUGACCCCACCCUCUGCUUAAAUUCUGGAGAGAGCAGUCUCGUGGAAAUGGAUGGAGACUCAGAAAAUCUGUCUAUAACAACCUGUGCAUACAGGAGAGAGGGCAUAAGUCACCUCUCUUCUCCUUUAAAACUGAAAUACAGUCAGGAUGUGGUGGAACAUUUUCAGAGAGGUCUGAGAAAUGGAUACUGUAAAGAGACUCUCCACCCUUCGGUCUCUGAAGUAUUCAAUAAUAUUCAAGAUGUCAAAAAUCAAAAUAUUUCUUGUUUAGUCUUUCAGGGUGCUGGUAUUAUUCAUAACAAUUUCUCAAAUUCAGACGCAAAAAUGAACCAGACCUGUGCACCCCUGUGUAGUGCUCCAGAUAUGCAUGCCCCUGCACCUGUGCCAUCCACACAUCCUCCUCUGCCUACUCUGAAGCUGCCCAGUCCUUGCAAAUCCAAAAGUCUGGGGGACCUAACAUCAGAGGACAUCGCCUGCAAUUUUGAAAGCAAGUACCAGUGUAUUAGUAAGAGUUUUAUUACAACUGGCAUUAGAGACAAGAAGGGUGCGACUAUAAAAACGAAGUCACUAGAGCCUAAAGAUGCCCUGACUGAGCAGCUGCGGAAGCUGGUGUCCUUUGACCAAGAAGAUGGCUGCCAAGUGCUGUAUUCAAAGCAGGAUACCAGUCAACUCCCCAGGGCUCUGGUCAGAAAGUUGUCAUCCAGAAGCCAGAGCAGAGUACGCAAUAUUGCCAGUCGUGCCAAGGAAAAGCAAGAAGCAAACAAGCAAAAGAGUGUGAACCCCAGCCACGUAGGAGGAGUGGUUCUCCGAAACAAGCCCUCUGCACCCCCGCUGGCGGGGAACCGGCACUCCACCGGCUCUUACAUCGCCGGCUAUCUGAGGAGCGCCAAAGGCGGGGGCCUAGAGGGUCGGGGCCUCCCUGAGGGGGCGUGCGCUGCCCUGCGCUCCGGCUAUGUCGACCAGUUUUGUUCAGAUACUUCUGUUUUGCAGACUGAACCAAGCAGUGAUGACAAACCAGAAAUUUAUUUUCUUUUGAGACUGUGAAUUAUAUACAGCUACAUUUUCAAUGUUUACAAGGUAUUCUGUAGUGUUGUCAGUUUUCAGCUUUCAGUAAAUAUGGUCCUUGGCUUUGAAAUGAUUUUAAAUGUAUUUUUAAACUUGUACUUUGGUCUCCCUUUGAACUCCAUGUGUACUUCCUGUUUAUGUGUUUGUAUAUAGCCUUGGAUGACAUUUCCCACGUAGUAUGAUCUUUCUCCCCUGAGGCAAAAACUCUGUUGGUAUGAAAUGUGUGCAUGCCCUAGAUGUGAAACUUCUCAGCAGCUUGGGUUAUGGUGUCCCUAUGUUUCACCAAGAUGCUCUUUACUGUGUGUCCUCAGAUCACAGUCACAAAUGUAGUCAUUUAUACUCUAACCCUUGCGUUAAUUAAGAGACUUUGCAAAGGAUGAAGGGAUGGAUUCUUUAUUUUAAAGCCAUUGUCACCUUUCUUAAAUUUCCUUCUUUAUUGAGAAGCCCAGAUGCAUUUUUAUAAUUCAGUUAGAAGAUUAAAAUAGGUACUUUAUUACCUUUUAAAAUUUCUCCACUGCACCCCACCCGUAAUGAGAGUUCAAGGAGAUUCAUAGCUGCUCCUCUAUACCCUCUCAUUUUAGAGUAGGCUGUGAGGGCAUGAGGAAUGAAGCAAACUUCUGUAUAUAAGAACAAAACUCUUUGUUUUACAUAAAUUUUGUUACAUAUUUUUGCUAAUGGCUUUGUAUGUAACAAGAACAUAGUUGCCAAGCUCUUUGUUGUACUUUUGAAUUUUCUGAUUAAAUUACAGACUGCAGAUAAUGACUUUCAGAAUGAGGGACUUCCAUGUUAGUGACAAUAGUUGCACAGACUGAAAACUUUCCCCAAAGCUUUCAAGAAAAAAUAUAUUUUCACAUUAUAAAAUCCAAGUGAAGAGAUAGUUAGAAGAAACCUUUUUCCUUCAGGGAGCCGAGUAACUAUUUUAGUACCAACAUACAUUAUUCUCACUGUGAAUCCAUUUUUUAAUUGCAUGUUCAGAUAUCCCUCUUUGCUUUUUUGUAACAUUAAUUGCAAUGACGGUCUUCUUGGAAUUCAUGGAAAUACAAUUA